AUGGCAAGCAUUAAAGAGAAAGUUCCAACAAAGUCUUUGGAGGCUUCCAGAAAGUUUACUCACAUGAGAGGAGCACAACAGUAUGCUUCAAAACAUGGGUUCCUGGUAGUGGCUCCAGAUACAGCCCAAGUGAGUAUCAUGAUUGGUUCCAUUGUCAGCCUCCUUAUGAUUAGUGUUGAUGUAGUUAUAUUAAAGUGGAAGACCAAUUAUCGCCUGUUUUCUUAUGUCACCAAAGAGCUCCCUUCCCUUGUUGCUGCCAAUUUCAAAGUGGAGAGCGAUAAGGCUGGCAUUAUGGGGCACAGGUAUGAAGCCAUAUUUGAAGACUAUGUGUACAUCAUGGGUGGUCAUGGUGCUCUGAUCUGUGCCCUCAAGAACCCUGGCCAGUACAAGUCAGUCUCAGCAUUUGCACCAAUCUGCAAUCCUGUCAACUGCCCAUGGGGAGUUAAGGCAUUCUCUGGAUAUCUUGGGGAAGGCAAUAAAGAUGCAUGGAAAGACUAUGAUGCUUGUGAAUUGGCAAAGAAGUAUAAUGGCCCCCCAUUAGAGAUCAUGGUUGACCAGGGAAAGGCAGAUAAUUUCUUAACACAAGGACAGCUUCUGCCAGAUAACCUGGUCAGUGCCUGUGCUGAGGGUGGAGUACCCAUCAUCAUGAGAAUGCAAGAAGGAUAUGAUCACUCCUACUACUUCAUGGCAACCUUUAUGGCUGAUCAUUUUGACCAUCAUGCAAAAUUCCUUAAGGCAUAA